GCAGACCACGCGGCCCCUAGUCCAUCCAAUCUUUUCCCACCUCCCCUUUGUUCCUGCCUCCAUUUCUUUCUUUCUUUCUUUCUUUCUUCAGGCUUCAGGGGAACAAAGCAUAGCUAAACACACUGAGACAAAUCAGCCAAUGGCAGCCUCCCUGUGGCUGCUGCAGCUUCCUCUCCAUAGCUCCCUCUUCCUCCCAAGCAACCACUCUUCCACUGCAUGUCCUGCACUGCACAAAAAGCAUGCACCAGCUGCAGCGAGAGGAAAACUUAUUCUCUGCAGUCCUUCCGGCGCCUCUUCUUCUGUGGUGACCAAAGAGCAAGAAGCCGGGGCAGUCACUGCUCCUUCAGAGGAAGGAUCUGAGCCUGCACUUGUUAGCUACAAGGAUGAGCCCAACUUCAGGUAUGAGAUCGGUGUCUGGUGGUUCCAUGGUCUAGCGGUUAGGACAUUGGACUCUGAAUCCAGUAACCCGAGUUCAUUCAAAUCUCGGGGCUGCAAGGGCUGCGGAAGGGCCGAGAUUGAGAGGGGCUGCAAUGGCGAGGGGCGGAUCCAGGGAGGCAUAGCCGCCGUCCCGGGCUUCGGCUGGUGGCCGAUCAAGGCCUACCGGCCGUGCCCCGGCUUCGUGGCGUCCGGCGGCCGGUACCGGCGCCAGGGGCAAAGCAUGGACGACGUUGCAUCCGGCAGGGGAAAGAAAGUCCCUUCCGGCAAAAAGAAGAGUGAUAAAUAAUCCAGCCCAAGGAACUGCAUGCAUUGCUAAUACUUGGUGACUAUCUUCUUCGGCUUCCAAAUUUUUUUUUGGAUUACAAUCCAACAUGCAGAUUUUAGACCACGUAUCAAGUUCCAUUAGCUCGGAUAGAGCUGCAAAAUGCAGGCUCCAGUGUUAUCCUGGGAAUCACGGUUCGUCUCUUGAUUCCAAGUGUAAUAGCAACAUCUGACCGUGUCCUAAAACUUCUGGAAAUGUAUUGUCCUACCAUUACCUGUGUAAAUACUCUACCAUUACCUCAAGUACUAUUUUCCUGAACCACAACAGUGGAGGAUUGUGAUCUAGAAAAUUAUUAUUGACCAAAUGUGCUGCUUUUGGUCUAUGAAUCUCCGUAAUUAUUGACCUUUC